AUGGAGGUCGGCGGUGGAAGAGGGAGGAGGGGGACGAGCAGCAGAGAAACCAGCCCACCGGUCCGAGCCAGGCUGAGCUACUCACAGCAGCAGGAGCAGCAGAGGCUCACGAGGCCACAGAGGAAGGUUCAGGUCAUCUACUACCUCAGCAGGAAUGGCCAGUUGGAGCACCCUCACUUCAUCGAGCUUCCUCACCUCCCCAACCAACAGCUUCGCCUCAGGGAUGUGAUGGAAAGGCUGACGCUUCUCAGAGGCAAAGGCAUGCCUUCUCUCUUCUCCUGGUCUUGCAAGAGGAGCUAUAAGAAUGGGUACGUGUGGAACGACUUGGCCGAGAACGACGUCAUCUACCCCGUCGACGGCGUCGAGUACGUCCUGAAAGGCUCUGAGAUCAUCCCGGGGGCUUACGAACGUUUCCGGCAUGUUCCUGCAAACGGCAGGCAGCCGAAACCACUCCCCAUCUCCCACAAACUUCAUGUGGAACUGGAAGAAGACGAAGAAGAAGAGGAUGAGCAGUCGGAAGACGAGGCGACGGAGGAAGAGGAGGCGAGACGCGGUAAGCGCACCACGGUCGGCACCGGUUACACUCGCUGUUCCCGCGGCGUUUCGACGGACGAGAUCGAACGAGUCGAGCACCGGACGACGCCCACCGAGCUGCCGCUCGACGAUUCCUCCCCGCCGUCCUCCACCUCGUCGGACAAGCCUCCCACCCACGCUGCCGGCGGAGCCGGCGGAGCCUCGCGGCGGCCUGAGGACACCGACCAGGCGGCCGAGCCGGGCCAGACUCGGAACUCGGUCCUGCUCCGACUCAUCGCAUGCGGAUCGGCGGCGCUGAAGGGGAGGAGCUGUCCCAGCAGCGGGACAAGCAAGGCCACUGCCUCCGCCUCCUCCGCCCCGUGUGGUGGUAGCGGCAGCGGGCGCCACCGCGGGAUGGUGAGUCGACUGGCGAGUCGGGGGAUCGAGGACGACGAGCUCCGGUGCUUCUCGGAGAACCCCCGGCUGUGUCACCCCCUGGUGGAGGACAAGGAGUACUUCAGUGGGAGCAUCGUCGAAGGAAGCAGAGCUCCAACCGAGCCUUCACUCAAGAAAUCCUCCUCCUUUAACGAAGAAAGGAUCUCAAGGCUUGGGAUUGCAGCAGGCAAGUUGGAGGUUGAGGAGAGCAGAGGUGGGGGUGUGAAAGGGAAGUGUAUCCCUGGAAGGAGGAGGUCCUCUGGCAGGCAACAGUGACAACAACAGUAGCGGUAGCCAUCCAACACUGUAAGAACGGAAAAGUGUGAGUUAAUGCUCGUGCAGCUUUUUCAUGUAAAGGUCUCUCUUUGUGUGUUUGCGCAGUGCAGCUGUGCACACUGUUCGACUUUGGAUAAACGACAUGCACAGAUGUGAGAGAUUUAAAGAACCGCAAGGAUGUUGGGUUAUGUUCCUCUGCGGUGUCUCCCUAAGUUAGGGUCUUAGAUUUGAUGUCUGGAUUUGCCACUGGUGUAACUUGUGAGAAGAAUAGGCCAAGAA